GCAAAAAAAAAUAAUCCAAGUAUAGAUAGGCGUAUGGGACAACUUCGAGUACAAAUUGAUCUAACACAAGAAUUAGAUCGAUUGAAAAGACAAUCUUCUAAAAUUGAAGAGGAGAUUAAGAAUUUGCAAGAUAAGAUUUUGGAAACUGGGAGUGAUAAACUUCGAACUCAAAAGUCUUAA